CAAGAAGUUACUAAAUUCGGCCACAUUCAGACUAGAGGCGGUUCUAGGUGAAUUUGUGACUGUUUUAAGGGUUAACUGUCUUUAACUAAGAUCUUUGGAGGCUCUUUCUUCAGCAUUUUCAGCUUUUGGAAUAAUUUGUCUGUUUUCAGCCAAAACUACGACAUUUUGGGACAUUUACUAUUUACACUCUUUUCUGAUUCUGAAAGCUUUGUGAUGGGCCAUCUUCAUGAACGACAGCGGGCUGCACCAAAGAGGAUGAAGCGGUUCAUGUACACCAGUCUUAUCCUCACAAUGCUCUCGCUGGGCUUCCUGUUCUGGAUCUGCAGAUAUGACAAGACCUUCCAGCUCUGGGCCAACUACCUAAAAAUCAAUAUUGCAGCCAGGAAAUGUAUUCCAGGUAAAACAGUUCUACAGGGACAAUCUGCAUCUCUGGUGACAGUCAAUGGGACAUAUACACUGCUGGUAUCAGCUUAUCUGGAACACCGCACCAAAAAAAAGGAGGUUCGUGUUAUUGCAAUUGUGCUGCGGAGUGAGAAAAUAUCCUAUCUCUGCCACAUGCGUUGUCAAGAGAAAAUGCACAUCUCAAAUGGUAACUACUACAUCAACAAAGAUCACUUUGGCUUUCCAUACGGGACAGCCGACAUCAUGUGUCCCCUCCCUUCAGAGUGUAAGACACCAUCGCAUGUUGCUGUCACCUCUGCUGCAACCAAAUCUGAAGAUGCACUUCACGAUACGUUUCUGGAGGUGAAAAACCAAAAUGUGACAACCAACUCUUAUCCUUACAACUUCACUGUCUGUCUCUCCACCAUGUUUGACUUCACCAACGUGCUGCAGCUCGUGCAGAGUUUGGAAAUGUUUCAGAUACUGGGAGUGAACAGAGUUGUUGUCUAUAAGACCAACUGCAGCAUUGAAACACAGCGCGUACUGGACUACUACACACACAAAGGUUUAAUCGAGGUGAUCCCGUGGUCUCUGUCCAGUUUUCUGAACGUAUCUCGCAGCUGGUUGCCCAAACAUGGUCCUGGUGAGCUCCACUAUUUUGGUCAGAUUCCUGCGCUGACGGACUUCCUUUACAGAUACAUGUACAAGACCAAAUAUGUGGCCCUGCAUGAUAUUGACGAGCUCAUUUUGCCACAGUCAGUUAACAGCUGGUUGGAGUUGUUGCCAAUGCUGGAGAAGCAAUAUGGUGCAGACAAGUGUUACGCCUUUCAGAACCACGUCUUCCCAAAUCACGUCUGGCUGCCUCCUCCAAAACCUCAAGCGCCCCUUCCACAGGGCCACUGGGCAAAUGUAUCUGGAGUGAACAUCCUGGACCACCUGUACCAUGAACCCAUCAUGCGCAACACUAGUGAUAUCAACUUCAAGAUCAUCCUAAACCCCCGAAUUGUGUUCACCCCGACUGUCCAUGGAGUGGUGGCCCCAAAGAAAAUCUGCAGGAUGAUUAAUAGGAAAGUAGCACGGCUGUAUCACACUAGACAGAAGCAACUGGAGCUGAAACCAAAGGAGCUGAUUUAUGACGGCCGACUGGUGGGCUACAGCGCCCGCCUCACGCCUGCGGUAGAUACCGUGCUGAAAGACAACAGACUUCUGCCUCCACAAGUCGGAUGCUAGACCAUCUAUAUGUGUGUGUUGAAGGACCGAUUUGAAUCGUAAACGCUCUCUUUCUAUCAGGAAAAACAGAUUCAAAAUAGAACUUAUUGUGAUAUACUCAAAGUGUGAAAACAACAGUUUUCUGGUCAUUGUAAAACAUAAUCUGUUCAUAAAUUUGAACUCUGAACAAGUAAACAAAUGUAAAAUGUCAGCGUGAAAUGAUUAAUUUUAAAUUUGACGAGUAUCAGUAUGUAGUAUAAAUUCCCUUUGAACUAAGGUUUAGGUAUUUUGCUCUCUAUAUUUACCGACACAAAAAUUGUAUGCAAUGAUGAAAGGUUAAUUUUUUUGUUUUUGCAUCUAAAUAACAUCUUUUACUCAGUUUCCAUUCAUUAUGAUACUUAUAUACUAAUUUAUUCCUACUCGGGGUCCCGGGAUCUGCUGGAGUCUGUCCCGGCUCUCCAUGAGAGGAAGUUGCAUCCUGGUCGGGUCACCGGGCCACAGUUGGGCCUUGCAUGGAAUUUAUUUUGUAAAAAAGUAAAAAUAUAUAUGCCUUCAAUGCUAAAACGUAUUUCAAUAUUAGAUUAAGUUCUUUUGUCUUUUUUGUCGACUGGUUUUUAAUAUGACUUUUUCAUCAGCGUCUUUAUAGGUCUUUAUUUUCCAGAUUAAACGCUUUGUCCUCCAGACCUCAUUGCUCAUAAAUUUGUCUAGUGUUAAACCUUUUGUUGCUGUUUUAUGUUUUUUAUUACAGAAUCUACAUGAAAUGGUCAAAAAUUUGUCAAACUUAUUGAUUCCUGGUCUUGAAGAGAAUUCCAAAUUGUUUUUAUUGCCUUUAUUUAACCAGGUCAGUCCUGUUGAGACACAAUGACCUAUUUUCCAAGGGAAGCCUGGCCAAGACAACAGCAUAGGAAAGUUGCAGCUAUAACAAGACACAAAGGAAUCACACAGCAACACAGAUAAAAUAAUUUACAGAAUAAAAGCAUCUAAAGCUCCGGAUUCCCAUUAAAACAAGAACAAGUGCGGUAUGAAGAUGCUCCGAUUUCUCUCGCACUGUGUUUUAGAGAUACAAGGUGGAUGAGCUCCUUUAACUUUAGAGUUUUCUGCAACGCAGUCCAAGCAGCAGGCGCAGCAUUCUUAAAGCAGUGC